AUGACGACGCAAGAGACGUUCACUGCGGCCGAAGCAGCCGUGUACGACCGACAGAUGCGACUGUGGGGCGUAGAGGCUCAGAAGCGGCUGCAGAGAUCGCACGUGCUGGUCAGUGGACUGACUACGCUGGGCUCGGAGCUCGUGAAGAACCUCGUGCUUGCCGGUAUUAGCGUCACGCUGCACGACUCGCAGGUUGUGACGCAACGAGCGGUGGAGUCUCAAUUUUUUCUAUCCGAAGAGGACGUGGGCAAAAAUCGCGCAGUGGCGUGUCUACCGCGUGUGCAGGAACUUAACCCACUGGUUCAGGUUACGAUUGAAACCAAAGUGAUCAAUGACCUGAACGACGACUAUUUCAAGCAGUUCACGGCCGUGUGUCUUGUGGGCGCCCAUCUGGACGUGGAGCUGAGACUGGACGCAUUGUGCCGCUCUUUCGGCACGGCAUUCUAUGCUGCCAGAAGCUUUGGCUACAACGGCAUCGUGUUCAUUGACUUGGGCGAGCACACGUACCGUCGCGAUGCAUUACGCAAUGACGGGAGUCCGAGUGAUCCGUGCUCGGUCAAGUUCCCGACGCUGGAGGACGCUCAGAAGGUCCAGUGGAGCUCGCUGCAGAGUGCCCGCAAACGCGGACCCCAGCUACCUCAGGUGUUUGUCAAGAACCAAUUGCUGCAAGGAUACAAGAGUCAGAAAGGCGUGACUGCGAUCUCGAGUGCUGACGAUGUGGACUUUAUCCAGUACGCAAGGAAGCAGUUCCUAGUCAACGGAUUGGAUGAAGAGUACCUCUCACCGAAUGAACUGCAGACGCUCGUUCGCAUUGCGGACACGGAACUUGUUCCGAUCUGUGCGAUCGUGGCAGGGAUCAUGGGUCAAGAGGUGAUUCGAGCCAUGUCGCAAAAAGACGAGCCGAUCUGCAACUUCUUUUGCUUCGAUGGCGCAACUGGCAUCGUGAGACGAGUGGGGUCGUAG